GCCCGCAAGUUCUUGUGCGAUUGCCAGGGGAAGCAUCAGAGGGCGAGCGUGAUGGGGAACAGCGAGACCCACCUCUUACCUGAGAAGCAGCAGAAGAUCGCGGUCGACCUCGGUCGCGACGGCUGCAAGCGCACGGCCACCGCAGCGCGCCCACCUUGUCUGAGAGAGACAGGUUGCCGCGGUGGCGAGAUGCUCAUUGCGAGGAGGCGCUUGGAGACCACCUCGUUUGACCACGUGCGAGCGGCAGCGCAGCCGAGGGGCAGGGGCGACCCCUCCCGCGGUUUCGCGGCGACCACCGUCCAAGCGAAGGAGUUGGCGAGCCUGGCGGCCUCCCCGCGGGCCGAGGACGACCCGUGGAUCGCGGCGGCAGACUGGAAGCUGGACCUCGAAGCGAUGCUGAAGAGUGAAUUCCCGCAGAAGACCGGCGGCGUUGCGAAGACGCCGAAAGGGGCGAAGGCCACAGGCUCUGAGGGCGAGCCAGGUUCGUUGCUGGACUCCUGCCUGGUGCGCAAGGAUGUCGCGCGGGAGGCGCGCUGCGCGCUGCGCAUCGCGCUCAAGGGCCCCUACCAGAAGCGGUGGGCGAGGGCGCGGGCUGCGCCCGGGGCGCCCCCGCGAACGCAGAGGCCAAAGAAGCGCGCUGACCCAAACAAGAAGACGAGCAGGGUGAAGCAGAAGCGCCUGCAAGAGAGGAGGCAGAGACUCCCCCCCGAGGAGCGGGAGGCGUUCGUGCAGCCGCGCGAGGAAGAACGGGUCUGCCAGGAGCCCGGGGGGCCCUUCCUGGCGCCACUCGAGUGCUGGAGGCGGGCGGAUGAGCAGCCGGCGCAGACUGCGCAGCGGCCGGGCGACCGCGUCGUCUACCAGGGCCGUGAGCAGCAGGAGAAGGACUUCUCGCAUAGGUACCGCAACUGGACGAGCAAGCCGGAGCCCGCGCUGCUGGCCACCCACGAGGUGGAGGUGUCGGAGAAGGCGCGCCACCUGGCGCGCAGAGCGCACAUGAAGUGCCGUGAGUCCGACACCAUGUGCUAUGCGCUCACGCUGAUGCAGAAGUAUCAGACGCUCGCGCGCGGCUGGCGCGACGAGGUUCAGCGAGGCCGCGUGAUCUGCGAGCCCAAGAGGAUCGCCAUUGAGACGCUGGACCAGGGCGUGGCCGACUUCCCCGGCAGCGCUCGCUUGAUGGUCUGGCAGAAGAUGAUGAAGGUGGAGGCCCUCUCGCCGGUGCAUCGGCAGAGGUUGCUCGAGCCGACGGGCUUGCCGGCGGCGGCGGGGCAGGCGCGCGCGACAGGGGGGCGCGCAGGGGUCGACUCCAAAUUGGUGAAGGACAUGCGGGGCGACAAGAUGGGGGCGCUGCGCAAGCACGCGAAAGGCGAGCCGGCCAUCAUCAAUGAUAUCUGCGCCGCCACCUCCACCACGGCGAUCCAAAAGACCAGUUUGGAGGACAUCCAGGCACAGCUGCAGAAGACCUCGGGGGGCGCGCAGGAGGAGGACUACCCGCCCAUUGAGCAGGAGGAGUUCGACAGGGCGCUGAACGCCAUCAACGGCGGCGCGGGCGCGUCGAGCUCGACGGAGGCGCAGUGCCUCCCACAUGUGAUCCGCGAGGGGUUGAGACAGCUGAUGAACGACACGGAGCUGAAUGCUGUCUGGCCUCGCCAAUGCACGGCGGCGGUGGCGGCUUCUGUGCCAAAGCCUGCAGGAGGAGACAGGGUGCUGGGCAUGAUCGCCUUGUUGCCCAAGAUCUGGAGUAAAGCGCGAGGUAGCAUCGUGAACAACUCACUGGUCGGAGGAGCUCGGAUCUUCUGGGGCGGCGACCUGCGGGGGUGCCCCGCGCUCAGGGCCGCGCUGCACCGCGCGCUGCUCGACGAGGUGGGCGGGGAGAUGCAGCUGGCGUCGGCCGCCCUCCUCCUCGACCUCCUGACCUUCUGCGACGUGAUCAGCCUGGCGCCACUCGUGGAGCUGGCGAUGCAGGCGAAGUACCCAGCCGUCGCGGUGGCCAUGGAGGUGGAGAUAUUCCUGGGCCCUCGCAUCCUGCAGGACCAGCGCCACGGCAUCAGCGACUGGGUCCGGCCGACGCGCUCAGCGGUGGCGGGGUCGGCGAGGGGGGCGCCCAUGGCCGAGAUGUUCAUCCGCGCGGUGCUCGACAAGGCCCACCUGGUGGCCCCGCAGGAGCGGGGCCAGAUCAUCUCCAACGAGACGAGGCUGCUGGCGUCGGACGCGCGGCUGGGACAGGAGCUGCAGGCGGAGCUGGUCUCGCUUGCCCGGCCGCUGCAGCCGGCGCUGGAUGCACCUGGCGGGCGGCGACGCAGCGGCUGGCAGGCGCGAGAUUGCAAGAAGCAGCGCAAGAGGACGCUGGCUGCAGGCAUGCGCGCUGGUCGCAUCGCGAGGACGAGGCGGGGCGCAGCUCUCGCCGAGGAGGCGAAGGGGCUUUGGGGCACGGGGCCAGGGCUCGAGGAGGACCCGGGCGUCAAGCCGCGUCUGCAGCUGGCGGGCUCCUGGCUGGAACCGCGGGAGGCGGCGCCUGAGGCCCGCGCAAGGAUCAAGAGAGACUGGCCUGCAAUCCGCGGCGCGCUCCUGACAGCCAGCGCUGGUCGGCGCUGGCACCGCGCGCGGGGCCCUGUCGGAACGCCCCUGGCCACGCCCAUGGACGCGGGCUGGGGCGCGCGCGCAGCCAGCGCGUGGAGCAGACCUGAGGUGGACGGCGCGACCACGAAGUGGCAUUUGGCGGGGUCGAGCUUGGAGGCCCACGGGAGUUUCAUCGAUCGGCUGCCCAUCCUGCACGACCUCCGCGAGGACAUCAGGCGUCAGCUGUGGAAGCAGGCUAAGGCCCAUGAGGACGGCAUCACCCUGGAGAGCGGCGCGGACGCGCUGCGCGCGAGACGCGAGCUCGACCAAAUUGCUCGCAGAGGCAUGUGGGCGGAGUGGAGCCGCGCGAUGGCGGUGAUUUGCGGCCGGCAGUGGAGCCGUGCUAGGAAGCGAAGGUGCGGCCACGCCGUCAGCGCGGUCUGCCCGCGCUGCGGACUGGAGCCGGAGACGCUGACGCACGGAAUGUGGCAGCGCACGGCGAACGUCAGCAAGGGCAGUGAGUUCGCCAAGUCGGAGCACCUGGUGGCGCGGCGGCUGCGGGAGGUGGUGG